UGGCGGCGCUCUGCGGGCGUUGCUGAGCAGCCCGGACGCUGAGCCCGCGGGCGCCAUGGUUUUCCUCUCGGCGCAGCUGUGGCUGCGGAACCGCAUCACCGACCGCUACUGGCGGAUCCAGGAGGUGCUGAAGCACGCCCGGCACUUCCGGGGAAGGAAGAAUCGGUGCUACCGGUUGGCGAUCCGCGCUGUGAUUCGAGCCUUUGUGAAAUGCACCAAAGCACGGAAAGUGAAGAAGAGGACCAUGAGGACGCUCUGGAUCAAUCGAAUCACAGCUGCUUCCCAGGAGCAUGGCCUGAAGUACCCAGCUUUGGUUGGCAAUUUAGUUAAGUGCCAGGUGGAGCUCAACAGGAAAGUGCUUGCCGACCUGGCCACCUACGAGCCAAAGACUUUUAAAUCUUUGGCGGCUUUGGCCAAAAGGAGGCGAGAAGAGGGAUUUGCUGCUGCUCUGGGAGACUGGAAGGAACCGGAAGGCGUGUUCUCCCGAGUGACGCACUACCACUGAGCACCCCCCCACCGCGCACAUUGACCUUCCUGCCUUGGCAGUGUGACCUCCGAGAUGUAUGUCCCAAUGGUCACAGACCCUGAAAUAGCAAGAGGAAUGGACGCAAUUGAGUACAGACCUCUGGAAGCAAAGGGUCCAGCCUCCUCCUAGUGGGCGAGCUCCACAGGCUGGUUAGAUACAGAUCCUGCAAAUAAAGCUGGUUUGCUGUU